AUGGACAAGUUGAUCGUAUUGCUGGCGAUUGGAUUCAUUAGCGUUUCGGCGCUUCCCUACGAUCCUGUCAUCAGGAAAUUGGGCGAUGGUCCUCGUUACCAGUAUAUGCCAGGCCCUGAUGGGUCCCUCCACCUGGUAGACCUUUGGGGCAAGGUCAGUGAUGUGGCUGAGGCAGCUAGAUACAAUCCGGACAGGCAGAAUGUUUACCAUCUUUACACGAGGAACAACCCUACAGUAAGCCAACCCCUCCUGAUUGGUAGUGAGGGUCUCCUGGGCAUCACCAACUACAACGCCAACAGACGCACUAUUGUGCUCAUUCAUGGGUGGCUGGACUCUGUCACUGCUGAUUUUAAUACUGUUUUGGUACCAGCGUUCCUGCAAGCUGAAGAUGUCAACGUUAUCGUGGUAGACUGGAGCGCAGGAGCUGGCACCAUCAACUACUUCACUGCUGUAGAAAACACUCUUACAUCAGGUCAGAGUGUAGCCAGAUUCAUAACCUGGUUGAACAGCGCGACUGGAGCAGUUCCCAGCAUGUACCACCUGGUUGGCCACAGUCUGGGUGGCCACCAAGUUGGAAUCGUUGGCAGGAACGUCGGUGGCCAGAUCGCUUAUAUCACUGGUCUAGACCCCGCCUUCCCAGCAUGGAACACCAAUGAUAACCGCUUCAGACCCAGCGAUGGAGUCUACACUGAAGUUAUCCACACCAACGUCGGGUUCCUCGGCUACAUGGCCACACUGGCUGAUGUAGACUUCUACCCCAAUGGCGGCAGUGGCAUGCCAGGGUGUGACAGUAAUGAUUGUGAUCACGCCAGAUGCUACCAUUACAUGGCGGAGUCUCUAACUCGGGGUGGAUUCACUGGACGCCGCUGUCUAUCCUACCUGACUGCUAUUACCGGCAACUGUAACCUUCUUGGCAGUCUCCGGAUGGGAGGGCUUGUACCAAAGACAGGACAAUCUGGAGUCUUCUACUUGGAGACCAACUCAUCACCACCUUUCUCAAGAGGUUGA